UGAGGUUGUCAGAGUGAAAUCGAAAGUAAAAACGCAGGCGAUAAAAACAAAGAAACAGCUACCCUGCAUCUUCACCGCAGAGUGGACAGAAGGUCAAUCUGCUGCAGAUCUCGCAUUCUAGUUUCAAGUGAUCCGUCAGAAGUGGAAGCAAGAACGAUGGAUUAUGGAAACAUCAGGGCCGUUGAAACUACUGGUGCUUCAUGGCAAACAUCUCAGCAGGACAGGCUGGGAUACUCAGGUGAGACGGCAUCUCACACCAUGGCAGAGACCGAUGCAGGCAGAAUGGAAAGGUACAAGUCUAAAAUCAAAAGAGUGGGAGCGAGGUAUAACAUCGACCCCGCCCUCAUUGCUGCCAUUAUCUCCAGAGAGUCCAGGGCUGGAAAUGCUCUCACUGAUGGCUGGGGAGACUACAGCCCAAAGAGAGGCGCGUGGAACGCCUGGGGACUGAUGCAGGUUGAUGUAAAUCCAGAAGGAGGUAACCACACUCCAGUAGGUGAAUGGGACAGUGAGGAUCACCUCUGCCAAGCCACCAAGAUCUUGGUUGAUUUCAUCAAACUGAUACAAAGCAAACCUGAAUUUUCUGGUUUGAGCAAAGAGAAGCAGCUGAAAGGAGGGAUAGCAGCCUACAAUGCAGGGGACAGAAAGGUCCAUUCUUAUGAAGGUGUGGAUGAAAACACAACAGGCAAAGACUACUCCAAUGAUGUUGUUGCCAGGGCUCAGUGGUACAAAAAGAAUGGAGGCUUUUAACAGCUGGAGCUGUCCACAACAAAAAUCUCCUCCAAAUCAUGAAGGAAACUCUCUGAUGAUGAUGAUGAUGAUGAUGACGGAUAUUUGGGUCACAUUCCUAUACUUUGAUAAGUUUGAUUACACACAUAUAUUCUGCUAAUAGUUAGAUUACAUGCAUAUGCUUACGUUAAUGACAG